AACGCUUAGGUUUUUCACGCAUACGCUUUUGAUCAGUUUUACGUUUUGUCGUCUCCGCUUUACUUCGAAAAUAUAUUUAAUUAGAAUUUUAGAGUAUAAAAUAUAUACGUAAAAAAAUUUUUAAAUUUAUUGUUUUUUUUUUCUCGUAACGUGCAACGUUUUACUAUCAACAGCUGUCAAAGUUAUCGAGAUAGAUUUUUUGUUUACUAAGCUCAAAGAAAGUGAACACUGCUCUUAAUACGUUUUAUUCGGUGCAGUGUUGUUUAAAUAUUUUUCCAAUUAAAAUACAAGUGUACCGUUUUCCCGACCGGAAGCAAACAAACAUGGCCGACGCCGAGUGCAUCGAUUUACUAGAAAAGGAGAGGAUUUCCAAAGAGUUAAAAAAUCGUUUGUUUGAGUGGCGAGAAAUUGUUGUAAUUUUAUAUUCGUUAAUGGCAUGGGAAAAAAUAUGGUUUCCAAUGGUAACAGUAGCAUAUAUUUCAAUAUUUUAUAUGUAUAUAUGGUUAAUGAACUGUUCAACACUAAACUUAAUUUGGACGACUGGGCUGGUACUCACGUUGAUGGACUUUUUCGUCUCUGGUCCACUUCAAAGAUUACUACCGCCAAGCAGUUGGGAUCAAGACAAAGAACGCGUAUACUCAUUGGUUUGCGGAUCCGUAACCGACUAUUAUGUGACAUUCAGGCUAUAUGCAGAACGGUUUUUUAAGCUUAGGCAGACCAACACAAGAUUGUUUCACUCUGUCUUGGCUGUGACGUUUUUCAGUCUAUUGUAUGUUGGGAUAACGUUUAAUAAUUUGUUAGUGUCAUAUGUUACAGUUUUAGCCAUUUUAUUGUUUCCUGGUUUCAAAAUGAGGUCAGAAUACAUCGAAGAUUUACUACAGAAAUAUUUACAUUCAGUUUUGUCAAGAUUUUGGCCAAAUAAUGAUAUUAUGACGUCUUCGUAGAAUUACACUUCCGCUUUUGUAUGACAAUAGGUUAUUUUUACAUUUUAUUUUUGAAAAAUCAACGAUCAGUGAAAUUACAAUGUUUAAGUAUGAAUUGUGGUGUGUUACGUGCGCAUCAUAAGCAGUGCUCACCACAUUUCACAAUACAUUUUUCUCAUGUUUUUUAGCACAGUGUUGUUUAACUUCAAAAAUUAAACGCAAUAUUUUAUAAUUCUACAUAAAUAUCCCUAUUAUAUACUUUUGUUAUCAGUGUAUUUAAAAGUAACAGUUGAUACAAACGUGUCAACAUGCAAUUUCUCAUUCUGUUUGAAAUUGUUAACAACACGCUGAACAAUUUAAAGACUAUUGUAGUGAUAUCAUAUCAAAUUUCAAAUUGAUUAUUUACACUAGUGUAUUUUAUACAAUGGUUUCUGUUAUUAUAUAUGUUAAAUUAUUUAAAUAAUGUAAAAACUCCAUAACACAUAAGGCAUUUUUGAAAUUCAAUGUACAUAAAAUUAACGUGAAGCCUUUGUGUAAUAAAUUUAGUAUGCUAUGUUAA